UUAUGUUUGACAACUGCAGUAGCAUAUUAUGAUGGAUCAAAGUGGACGCGCUGGAUGGUGUUUCAACACCAUUUAAAAAAAUAAGGUUUAUAGCGAACCCUAGAAUGAAUUCGUCAUUGGACCAAAAAAAUAGCUCAGUAUCAGGAACUGCAAUGAAUGGAUCUCUUGGAGUGCAUGGCGGCACAACAACGGAAGACGUGUUCAAACUUGUGGCUUGCGCGCUAGUCGGGGUCCUCUCACUUGUGGGUAACAUUCUCGUCGUCGUCGUGGUAUUCAAGGCUCCUCGUCUGAAGACUGCCACGUUCUACCUGCUGGUGAACAUGUCUGUGAGCGACCUGCUCUUCACCUGUAUCUCCAUGCCGCCCUUCAUGGUCAACAUCACGGGGCGCGGGCUACUGGUGGGUGGUAGCGCCGGGCUCGCCGCCUGUAAGAUCGUCAACUCUUCAGCGUUUGGAUUGAUGGCAAGCUCCGUGCUCACGAUGACCGCCAUCGCGUUCGACCGCUACAUCGCCAUCAUCAAACCGAUGAAUCAUAUAAUGACUGGAAAACUACUAAAAGCCAUCGUUUUAGGCAUCUGGAUCGUUAGUAUUGCAAUUAUGAUUCCUUUGAUUAUCGUCCUUACAGUCGACAACUAUAAGGAUGAUUUUUACUGCGACGAGAACUGGAAAGAAAUUGCAAGUAACUCAGUGUUUGCUUCUAAAGUAUACACCGUCAUGUUAUUUAUCAUCAUCUACAUCAUACCAUUCACAACGAUGACGGUGCUGUAUUCCAUCAUUGGACAAAAACUGUGGUUCAAGAAAGCUGUCCGAAACGUUAACAGGGAGCAACAGCGCCUUGUGGUGUGUCAGCGACGGCGCAUAGUGUGCAUGCUCGUUGUCGUGCUUGUCGCUUUCGUCUGCUGUUGGUUGCCGCUGCAAAUCGUCACUUUCAUGGCUUAUUUCUCCGACACACACAUCCCUAGGCCUUUAUACUUCACAGGGGAAUUCCUAGUGCGGGCAAACGGCGCACUAAACCCCCUUGUGUAUUUUACCUUCAGCAAGACCUUUAAAAGGGAAGUUUUGUCACUAAAACCCUUCAGUUAUUGCUUCAAGCGCAAACAAUUUACUGUGACUAUGAUGAUUGGUAAUUCUCCUGGCAUGCGCAGUUUGAGAUUUAUCGAUGACGAUGGUAGGGAUAAGGGGGUUGAAAGUAAAAAUGGCGUCACUUUAUCCAGGAAUGUACCAGUUAUGGGAAAAUAACACUUUAUAAUCAUCCAUGCUAAUCAUCCAAGCUUAUUUUUUUAUACCAUUUUAGAAUAGCAGUUAAAAAUAACAGUCUCCAUACUCAUAGAAAACUAAUAAAAAGAACCUUCCUGUGUC